AUGUCGAUCCCCAACGAAGCUCUCCAAAAGCUCCUCCAAGAGAUUGAGGCCCGCGCGAUUGCCUCGCAGCAGCAGAUCAGUAUCACCAAAGCUCACAUGACGGCCAAGCAGCGCGAUAUCCGCAUGCUUCAGCUUACAUCGAAGGAGUUGUCUGACUUGCCCGCUAAGACGAAUGUCUAUGAGACCGUCGGAAAGAUGUUCGUCAACGUUCCCAUCGACACAGUCAACAAGCGCCUCACGCGCGAGAACAGCGAGGCCACCGCCGAGAUCUCGAACCUCGAGAAGAAGCUGCAAUACCACGAGACGACAAACCAAAAAAGUCGGGAGAAUCUCGAGCAGAUUCUUAAGUCGGGUGGACGGGCGUGA